AUGCUCCGGCGGUCUCCUUGGUUGUUCUUCCUUGUCGCCAGCAGAUUACAUGUAGGGAGGGGACUCCUUCUCCACCAGCUGGAAAACACACAAGACUCUAUAACCACUCCAGGGUUUAGAAACAGAGAGAAAGUUCUUGUAACUUGCUCACGUCUUACAGGUUUGAGAAACACGAUGGGGUAUGUCCUAAUUGAUGAGGGAAUAGUUGAUGAAGUUGAUUAUGUCCUAAUUGAUGAGGGAAGAAACCCAUUGCUGAUGAGUGGUGAGCCUAGCAAGGAUGCUGCACGUUACACAGUUGCAGCUAAAGUAGCUGAGCUUCUCAUGCGUGGCCUCCUAAUACUGGAAACUAUCAUUGCUGAAAUAUCAGUGACAAUACCUGGAAUUAAGUAUGUGAUUGAUCCUGGAUGGGUAAAAGUGAGGAGUUACUCUCCUGAUAGUGGCAUUGAGUCUCUAACUGUUCUUACAACUUCAAAAGCUCAAGCUCUUCAAAGGAGUGGGCGUGCAGGACGUGAAGGAGCUGGGAAAUGCUUCUGUCUUUAUCCAGAGAGCAUAUUUGAGGGACAUGAUGAUUCCACAACGCCAGAGAUCAAAAGAGGCAACCUUUCUAAUGUUAUUUUGUAG